CUGACGCAAAAGGAGUGGCAUUCAAGAGCAAUGCUGGGGAGCAGGCUUGGAACCCUCCUUCGGAGGAGCAAAGCCCAAAUCCUCAUCUCUCAGCUCAAAGGUUCUCCUAGGGUUUCCACUAAUUUAUCUCCAUUGUCUCCUUCGAGGUUCACGACCUCAGCACCCUUGGAGGGAUGUUUUCUUUCCAAACAUAGCUCUUUCUAUGCAGUUAAAUCCAUUCCCAAGAGCUUGUUCGGUCAAUAUUCAAGAAAAAUGUCAACCUCCAUGACACUCUUGAAUUCAAAUAAAGCAGAAAUCACAAGUUCAGGACUCAAAUUGCUUGUUACUAAAGGACCUCAUGCUCAAAAAAUGGUUGGAAUAUGGCUUUUUAGUUGUGCUGCUUGGGUCUUUAGUUUGGUGGUACUCGGUGGUGUUACACGCCUCACCCGUUCUGGUCUAUCAAUGACUGACUGGAAGUUCACUGGUGGCCUUCCUCCAUUGUCAGAGGACCAAUGGGUUCUUGAAUUUCAGAAAUAUCAGAAGUCUCCUGAGUACAAGAGAGUAAACAAAGGAAUGAGUAUUGAAGAUUUUAAAUUCAUCUAUUGGAUGGAGUAUAUACACCGAAUGUGGGGAAGGGGACUGGGUGUGGUUUUUGCAUUGCCAUUUACAUAUUUCGUGGCAAAAGGAUAUAUCACUCGCCAACUUGGACUCAGGCUCUCUGGUCUUUUUGCGCUUGGUGCUGGACAAGGAUUAAUUGGCUGGUGGAUGGUAAAAAGUGGUCUAGAGGAACCUGCAUCAGAAUAUGUUCAGCCUAGAGUUAGUCCAUACCGCUUAGCAACUCAUCUGACAUCUGCAUUUGUUAUAUACUGUGGCAUUUUAUGGACCGCUCUAUCAGUAGUUGUGCCAGAACCACCAAAUGGGUCAUUGAGUUGGGUGCAGGGGGCAGCAAAAGUUCGGAAACUUGCUCAUCCUGUCAGUGUCCUUGUAGGCAUUACUGCUUUCUCUGGAGCUUUUGUUGCAGGCAAUGAUGCGGGCCAUGCAUACAAUUCGUUUCCCAAGAUGGGUGAUUCAUGGAUUCCUGAUGACAUUUUUAGCAUGGAACCACUUAUUCGCAAUUUUUUCGAGAACACAUCCACUGUGCAGCUCAAUCAUCGAAUCCUUGCAACAACCACUUUGAUGUCAGUAGGUGGAUUGUGGCUAGCAGCAAGAAAAAUAGACCUGCAUCCUGCAAUAAAAUCAUUAGUCGGAAGUGUGUUGGGGAUGACAGCACUUCAGGUAACUUUAGGAAUAUCGACACUUUUAACUUAUGUUCCAGUCUCUCUGGCCUCAGCGCACCAAGCUGGAGCAUUGACCCUGCUGACCUUUAUGAUCCUUCUUGCUCAUACUGUAAGGAAGCCAUCACCAGCACUUCUUAAGUCCCUAGCUUCCAUGCCAAAAUCCAAAGCCUAAAUUGGGAGGGGUGAAAUAUCAAUGAUGUUUCCUAACCAACCACGUUAAUUGAUGAGUGCCAGACUUUUGGCCUAGCGGGUCUCAAGCUUAUUCUCUUCCAGAAGUUCUGUUUUAAGCACUGAUACUUUCAGCAGGGCCCGGUGUUUAGGCAGGUACUGCUCUUAUGAUCUUCAUGGGAGAGACGCUUCAGAGGGUUGGUAGCUCUGUUUCCUUUGAUUUUAAUUGUUUUGUAUUCUCGCAACUUCUUGUUCUGAAAUCUAUAUGUUGUGUGUGUCAAUUAUCCUUACCCCAUUGGGAGAAAUGAACUUGUCAAGGAAAAUUAAAUAAGCAAUAUUCAUUUGGGUACAUGUUAAUCUUUUUGGCUCAAA